GGGUCCUGCGAACUGCAGCGGAGCUUUCAGUCUCUUGGACUCGGAGAAAGAAGGGCGCUCCCCGGCGGCCGGCUGGAGGGGUGCGGGAGGGUGAGCGACGUAGCUAGGGACUCCGAGUCCGCCGAGGGGAUGAUCCACGAACUGCUCCUGGCUCUGAGCGGCUACCCGGGGUCCAUUUUCACCUGGAACAAGCGCAGUGGCCUGCAGGUGUCCCAGGAUUUCCCAUUUCUCCACCCCAGUGAGACCAGCGUCCUGAAUCGACUCUGCCGGCUUGGCACAGACUAUACCCGCUUCACUGAGUUCAUUGAACAGUACACAGGCCAUGUGCAGCAACAGGAUCACCAUCCAUCACAGCAGGGCCAAGGCGGGUUACAUGGAAUCUACCUAAGGGCCUUCUGCACAGGACUGGAUUCAGUUUUGCAGCCUUAUCGCCAGGCACUGCUUGAUUUGGAACAAGAGUUCUUGGCAGACCCCCAUCUCUCCAUAUCACACGUCAAUUACUCCUUAGAUCAGUUCCAGCUCCUUUUUCCCUCUGUGAUGGUUGUAGUAGAGCAAAUUAAAACUCAAAAGAUUCAUGGCUGUCAGAUCCUGGAGACAGUCUACAAACACAGCUGUGGGGGUCUGCCUCCUGUUCGAAGUGCACUGGAAAAAGUCCUGGCUGUGUGUCAUGGGGUCAUGUAUAAGCAGCUCUCAGCCUGGAUGCUGCAUGGACUUCUCUUGGACCAGUAUGAAGAGUUCUUUAUUAAACAGGGUCCAUCUACUGGCAGUAUCAGUGCUCAGCCAGAAGAGGAUGAGGAGGACCUGGGCAUUGGGGGACUGACAGGAAAGCAAUUGAGAGAGCUCCAAGACUUGCGCCUGAUUGAGGAAGAGAACAUGCUGGCACCAUCUCUAAAGCAGUUUUCCCUACGGGUAGAGAUUUUACCAUCAUACAUUCCAGUGAGGGUUGCUGAAAAAAUCCUCUUCGUUGGAGAGUCCGUGCAAAUGUUUGAGAACCAAAAUGUGACCCUGACCAGAAAAGGCUCCAUUUUGAAGAACCAGGAGGAUACUUUUGCUGCGGAGCUGCAUCGGCUAAAGCAGCAGCCACUCUUCAGUUUAGUGGAUUUUGAGCAAGUGGUGGAUGGUAUUCGGAGCACUGUGGCUGAGCAUCUCUGGAAGCUGAUGGUAGAAGAGUCAGAUUUACUGGGUCAGCUGAAGAUCAUUAAAGACUUUUACCUUCUGGGACGAGGAGAACUGUUUCAGGCCUUCAUUGACACGGCUCAGCACAUGUUAAAAACGCCGCCCACUGCAGUAACUGAGCAUGAUGUGAAUGUGGCUUUUCAGCAGUCAGCACACAAGGUAUUGCUGGAUGACGACAACCUUCUCCCUCUGUUGCACUUGACCAUCGAGUUUCAUGGGAAGGAGCACAAAGAUGGCAUUCAGGCAAGAGAAGGGCCUUCUCGGGAAACUUCCCCCCGGGAAGCCCCUGCAUCUGGCUGGGCAGCCCUGGGCCUUUCCUACAAAGUACAGUGGCCUCUGCACAUUCUUUUCACCCCAGCUGUACUGGAAAAGUACAACGUUGUUUUCAAGUAUCUGCUGAGUGUGCGCCGGGUCCAGGCUGAACUGCAGCACUGCUGGGCCCUGCAGAUGCAGCGCAAGCACCUCAAGUCUAACCAGACCGAUGCAGUCAAGUGGCGCCUUCGAAAUCACAUGGCUUUCCUGGUGGAUAACCUCCAGUACUAUCUCCAGGUAGAUGUGCUAGAAUCUCAGUUCUCACAGCUGCUUCAUCAGAUCAAUUCUACCCGUGACUUUGAAAGCAUCCGAAUGGCUCACGACCACUUCCUAAGCAACUUGCUGGCCCAGUCCUUUAUCCUGCUGAAACCCGUGUUUCAUUGCCUGAAUGAAAUCCUAGAUCUCUGUCACAGUUUCUGUUCCCUGGUCAGUCAGAACCUGGGCCCACUGGAUGAGCGUGGAGCUGCCCAGCUGAGCAUUCUCGUGAAGGGCUUUAGCCGCCAGUCUUCACUCCUGUUCAAGAUUCUCUCCAGUGUUCGGAAUCAUCAGAUCAACUCCGAUCUGGCCCAGCUACUGUUACGGCUAGAUUAUAAUAAAUACUAUACCCAGGCUGGUGGAACUUUGGGCAGUUUUGGGAUAUGAAAAUUUCUGCUUCCAUAAACUGAUAAAACAGUCAGUUCCACCACUUCCCACGUUUAUAACAGAAGAUUCACAACACUUACCCACUCACCAAACACCGCUGUCUGAUGAGAAGGCUCUGCCCUUUCUCUUGGAAGCAACCUAGAGGUAUAAACCCUUCCCAUCAUUCCCAUAUGGUAGGUGACUGCCCCACUUCUGGGAGGGUUCUUAACUUGCCAGCCAAGGAGGGUGUGUGGUGUCAUCCACUGUCCCUCUACUGGCCUUGCAAGAACUCUGCUUCUUCACCCUGAAACAUCUGCUGGAUGUGUUCAUUUAUACAGCAGUAGUUUUAUUAAGCAUUUACUAUAUGCCUUGGUACAAUUCAAGGUGUGGGAGAUACAGCAGUAAACAGAUCAGAAAGUUAAAUAUUUUGUAAUUGACAUGUAGAAAAGAAAUUAUAAACAAUUUAACUGCUGGAUAUCACCAAGACAGACACAGGAAAAUAGCCUUUCCCUCUUUUAACUUUAUACCUACACAGAUUAUUUUUCCUCCUCAAAAAUGUACGAAAGUCUCCUACCCUUAAGGAUCUUCAGAACUGAAUCUGAAGAAUUUGGUCGGUAAGCCCCAAUUCUUUUAGACAAGUAAAAGGGCAGCUCUACCUAAUGAGAAUAUAAAGCAGUUCCCUAAAAGAAAAAAAUCAUUAGUGUCAGUGUAGACAAAAUAAAUAUUCAUUGAACUCCCUCAAAUUAGAAAAAAACACAAGUUCUGGCCUUAGUUUGUAGUAAAUGAACCUGGUCUUCAUCUUCUAGAGCACACUGUGAAACCCUUCAUCCCCACUACAGCUGUCAACUAAAGAUGAACUUCCACUAGAGCAGGGCUUGGCAGCCGUCACCUGCUGUGAGAUGGCCACACUCCACUCUCCUAGCCCAUGACUGCACACAGACUAGAUGGCCCACAAAACCUAACAUCUUUACUGCCUGUCUCUAGAGGAGAGGGUAUACAGGGGCAGGGAAGGAAGAGCUUCCGGCUGCUAUGAUGGCAACAGUCGUAGUGGGUCUCCGAGUGGAGUGUUCCAGUCACUCCACUGACGGCUGCUGGUCCCUUCGCUUUCUCCUGAGCAUGGGGGAAACAACAGGUCAGCUGUCCAGAGUGAACUCUGCUCAGAGGGAAGUGACACCUUUUUAGCAGGAACUGACAGCUGUCCCACUCCACUUUGGGCCUAAUAGUCUGGUCCCUUGCCUAUUUUAAAAUCAAGUUUUUGGAACCACAGCAUUUUAAAGAGCCUGGAUAACUUUUUGACAAUGGUGCCAAAACAGAGUUCACUGCCAAAUUUUUAUUUUCCUUGGCCAACUGUCCUAAAGUGAACAAACCUAUGAGACUUUCAGAGAAAGUCCUGUUUGUUUGUUGAGGUCAAGCUCAAAGAAACAGAUGAAGAAAUCCCAGUUACUACAACCAAAGAGAUUCAACAUUUAUUUUAUCAUAAAAGUCCAGCAAAUAAAACUAUAUACAAGAUCCAUGCAAAGAAUCCAGUUACACACGACACAUUUAAAACCUGGUUAAAA